ACGUCAAAGCGAAAUGUCACAUAGAUGUCAAAUCUAAGGGGUGAAGAGCAAAUACGUAAUGUAAAAUGCGAGUAAUUAAACAAAAUUAAGUGAAAUGUUUUGUCCAUACUGAAAUGUGAAAAUAUCUUAACCAUGUCUGUAAUUAGCGAACCAGUGCUCAACAUCAUUGUGGUGGGCUUCCACCACAAGAAAGGGUGCCAAGUGGAACACUGUUAUCCGGAAUUAGUACCUGGCCAUCCAUCUGAGUUGCCAGCUGCUUGGCGACAUUUACCUGCCCUAGCCCUUCCAGAUGGUUCCCACAACUAUUUAUCUGACACAAUAUUCUUCAAUCUGCCUGGACUUACAGAACCAGCACACACUGUGUAUGGUGUGUCAUGCUUCAGACAAAUUCCUGUUGAGCAAGUUGUGCAAAAGACUGAGGACAUGACUCGCAGCUCAGUGCAGAAGAGUGUGUGUGUCGUGUGCAGAGCUCCACUGUUUGGCCGCCUCGCUGUCAAACUAGAGCUGGUAGUACGGGCCUGGUUCCUACAAGGAGAUUUCUCACAAACUAAACUUCUAGAAGAUGCAUACAUUCAUCUGAAUAGUUGCCCAGUACAGAUGGAUCAAAUUGUUGAAGGUUUAUCAGUACAGAGAUUAGUGGAAAACUGGAGGCACAAAGCUUUGUUACUGUUUAAACUAUUGCUAUUGAGGCGCAAAGUUCUUAUCUAUGGCUCCCCAGCCGGGCCGCUGUCUACAGCUUUGUUAACUUUGAUAUCUUUAUUACCACUUUGCUUAGAAAAUGGACUGCACCGUGCAGCAAAUGUUGUGCUUUCUAGGCCAUUGUCUCCUAUUCCUGCUACACCUAUCGAUAAUAAACUCCAAACAGAACCUGAUACUGCUGAAAUCGCACAAGAACCUCUGGGUCAAUUACAUAAUGGGUCACACCAGAUUGAAGAACUCUCCCCAAAAGAGAGCGGAAACCUUUUAGAGGAGAAAGAUCGUGUCAGUAGACAAAGUUUUGAUGAAACCCUACUUGGAGAUACAGUGGAUCGUUCAGAGUUGUCAGGAUCUAGAGAAAAGUGUCACAGCAUUGGCGAGAAAUACAAACCUCAGAAAAGUGUGACAGAAGCACAACAAAGCCCUACUAUGGCUAGAGACAUGAGUGUUGAUGGUCUACAUAAUCUCACAGAGCAAGUUGAUCAAACUGAGUGCGGAUUUCCUCUGCCCUUGUUUGAGGAAGGCUAUCUUUGCCUACCUUAUUUAUCUUUGCAGUAUCUCGAUCUGUUAUCUGACCCUGCAGUUCAUGGUUUUGUUGUUGGAGCAUCAAAUGUUCUAUUCAAACAAAAAAGGCAAUUGUUUGAUGUCUUGGUUGAGCUAAAUGAAAUGAGGAUAGAGACCUCGGACAUGAUGCUUCGGAGACAGUUGGCUCUCGGUACUGAAGAUCUUCGAUUUGCUGACCAUGUGGUGCGGCAUGGUCCAACUCAAGGUGAUGCAUGGAUAAGAGAGCAGUUUGCAAGUUACUUAAUUUAUUUAUUAAGGACCUCUUUAUUACCAGAAGGCUGUCGAGAGAUAGAUUCCUAUAAUUCUCAAUUCAUGACAGCUUUCAAGUCAACUCCUGCCUAUCAACAGUGGUUGAUAUCUACCAAUAAUGGAGAUAUAGAAUCUUUUAUCAAUCUCAUGCCCAUGCAUCCAUUUUCUGGACAACUAUCUGUGGCUGAUAUGAAGUUAAAGUUUGCUCACACAAUGUCUACGACGGAAGGCGGCCGGAAGGUGAGCGCGGCGGUGGCCAGUACCGGGCGCGCCGUGGCCACCACCUCGCGUGCGGUGGGUGGCGCGCUGUCGCAGGCUCGUGGCGCUCUCUCGGGCUGGUGGAGCGCUCUCACAGCGCCCGCGCCACCAGAUGCAGCCGCGGAACCCGAGUUGCCGCCAGCGUCCGAGCUGCCCGCAGAGCCAGAGCUCCUUCCAGCAGACGAUCGCACCAACUCGGAUGCAGAGGAGGCGGACACCGACCUCCAGCAUGACAACAGGACACAGCUGCGACCCGACAGUCCGGACCCGCCCGAUAAGUCCAUAGACGACACCACCAUCAAUCUCAAUAAAAUACAGGUCAUAUAGUCAUCUCGUGUCAUUUAGAAUCUUGUUAUAUAACGCAUUGAAUCUUUCUAGUUGGCUCAUUAGGAUUUUUUACGAUCGAGUAAAAUGAUAAUAUUAAUCAAAUUAUUUAAAUGUACAUAAAAAAACUGUUCUAGGACAUCACUAAUAACACUUCACUAGGAAUACUUAUAGAUUUGUGAUAAAGAUUGCUAUUUAGGAUAUGAUAACGAGGCAUGUGUUUCUUGUUUUAGUAGUAAUCUUGCAACAAAAUAGCCUACACUGGAAAAGUUCUCUCAUUGUAUAUUAGUCAUAUUCACAUCCGAGUGAUAAAAUAUAAAUGUAUUCUAUCAAUAUUGUUCUGGCCUGUUGUAAUGUUUUUAUUUUUUUAAUUUAUUGGUGCUCUUUUUUUAUCGACAUUCCUAUUUAAUUUGUAUUAGAUUUUAGGUGUUAAUAAAAUAAAAUACUGAUUUAACUAAUUGAAUUUCCUUUAGUGAAUAGUAAUACACACAGACCAGUGAUUUGAUUUAACACAAAUAUGCAUAUUUAUAAAUCGAGGCUACUUAUGAAAUGAGAUUAUUUUCAGUAUAUUUUAUUUGCGCUUCCGUUCGUAUGUAAGUCUAAUUAUGAAUAUUAAUGUAAUAUAUUACGUUGGCAACUGUAGAUACCAGCUGCGCUGGGUUUAUACAUAGUAUGUGAUCUCUUUAAAUACAUUCGUUUUCGUAGUUACUUCAUUGUAGUAACACUUAAUAUUUCGAAAUAAACAUUGUAUUUCAUUCGUUUUUGAAUAUUUCAAUUGUGAGAAAAUGCUCUCUAUGUGGUUAACUUAUUAUGUAAUUUGAUAAAUAAUAAAUUAUGCAAAUGUAAGGGAGCAAAAAAUACAUACGAUGGUAAAUUUUAACGAUGUGAUUACUCGCCAAUAUCUGAUAUUGUAAACGAAUAAAGU